AUGUGGGCUCUAUCUAGUGAAGUGUGGAGUGUAAUCAAUAAAAUUACGAACAGAAAGCCACUCUCCUACACCAACUACGAAGUGGCACAAUGUUCCUCUUGUCUAGACCAUGAGCAUUACCUUUGCGGCGAUGAAAAAUCAGUAUGUGGGAGAUUUGCGCAAAAUGUACUAGGACCAGUGACGGCUGUUGCAUUUGCAAACGGAGUUAAAGCCCGAUUUGGCGACUUCAAGGUCUGUGCCGAGUCACAAGGCGAGAUUGAUGUUCCGGAUUUCGUUGCAGUACACUGCACAGCCAAGAACCUCCACGCUCUUGAGCAACUAGACUCCAGCGAGGUCCCAUAUUUGAAGUUUGUUGGAGAGGCAAAAACACCUUGGAGGCAUGAUCUGGGCAAAAUUCACCAUGAUUUUACAACCAGAAAGAAAUCAACCAUAGAUCGUGCGCUAGGUAUGUUUUUAUCAGCUGCUAUCCAUGAAGACGAAAGUGUGCUAAUUCAGAUAUAUGAAGGACAAAUUGCGAAGUAUAUGUACGAUCAUAAAAUGCGUUAUGGUUUCCUUACAACCUACGACGAAACCAUCUUCCUAAAACAAGAGUGCUUCGAGGGGUCUACAUGGGGCCUCCUUAUUUCUUCUCCAAUUCCAUUCGACACAAGUGCAAAUUGGGAGACUCGUACUGUCUCUCUUCGUCAAUGCUUAUACUACCUUAUGUGUGUUACCGAAGAACCCAAAAAUCGCAUUGCGAAUAACACUACUCCGCGUCAUAAGUGGAUUAGUGACAAGUCUCCGAAAGACUUAACCCAACCCCAACUUCAUACCCCCGUUAGCCAGAAACCUCAAGCCCCAACUGAGCUCCUACAGCAUCUAUCUCAGUCACCUGAGCUUAAAACUGACCUUUCUUCUCUCACCGACCGGAUCAAGCUCCACCACAUCCCUAGCUCAGGUAUAUAUUCAGCCAUUCUUCAAUUCAAGCACGAGGAUAUCAGAACCGAGGGGAACAGAUCCUAUGUUCGAGUUGGAGAUCAAUGGAUACAAGCGGAAAUAAUAACUUACGGCCAGAGCCAUAGAUCUAAGGAUGCCGAAUCUAGCAGUCUAGGCCAUGGAUUUAGCUCCUCUCCCUCACCCUCUGCGCGUCUCAGAGCACAAGAAUAUGGCGGCAACACUCCAUCAAAGCAUCGGAAAGAAAAGGUUUCUUUGAUGGAGAGGAUGCAAAACCCUAAACCUUUCCAGUAUACCGACUCCAAUUAUGAGUCAGGCCCUACUUUAUCUGUAGAUACCCCUACGCGACUACCCAGUCAGCCACAGGGCCACGGAAUUCCAGCCCCAUCCUUGCCCCAUUACCCAGUACCGCCAGCUAGACAAUACCGGUCCUUGUCAAGAGAUACCUCCGGGAUGCGAGGAACAUUCCAUUCGCCUUAUGCACAUUUUUCUACUGAGCAAUCUCCGCCUAGAGAUCUCUCACAGACAAGGGAGAUGACCUUACCGCACCGGCCACCACCAUUUGGUCACCAUCAAUCUUUAUCCAGAGAUCCAUCCAUGGAACCAGGACAAGGAGGAUCUCCAGACAGACGGGUCGAGAGGCACGACUCGGGCUCCAGGGAUAAAGGCAAAGGGAAAGCCAAAGAGCGCCUCGAUAGUACUGGAGGGUACAAUCUUAGGUCUCGUAGCGACAAGGGGGAGAGCAGCAAAGGCAGGGGCAAAGAUAAGGACGAUGAUGAAAAACGGGGCAGGUUUCCUGGACCAUUUUCCAGAAAGCGCUGA